AUGCUACCUAUGGUAACUGGGUUCAUGAAUUAUGGUCAACAAACAAUACGAGCUGCAAGGUAUAUCGGUCAAAGUUUCAUGAUUACCUUAUCCCACGCGAACCGUUUACCUGUAACUAUUCAAUAUCCCUAUGAAAAAUUGAUCACAUCAGAGCGUUUCCGCGGUCGAAUCCACUUUGAAUUUGAUAAAUGCAUUGCUUGUGAAGUAUGUGUUCGUGUAUGUCCUAUAGAUCUACCCGUUGUUGAUUGGAGAUUGGAAACUGAUAUUCGAAAGAAACGAUUGCUUAAUUACAGUAUUGAUUUUGGAAUCUGUAUAUUUUGUGGUAACUGUGUCGAGUAUUGUCCAACAAAUUGUUUAUCAAUGACUGAAGAAUAUGAACUUUCUACUUAUGAUCGUCACGAAUUGAAUUAUAAUCAAAUUGCUUUGGGUCGGUUACCAAUAUCAGUAAUUGGAGAUUCUACAAUUCGAACAAUUAUGAAUUCAACUCAACUAAAAAUAGCCACGGGAAAAUCCCUUGAUUCAAAAACAAUUACCAAUUACUAA